AUGUCCGUGUCGACAACUAACUCUUCUGAUCUAGGAACAGCUCAAGUGGACGUGUCAUUGGCUACGCAGCCGAACCUGGAGCCUCCGCCGUUAACUACUCCAGUAACUGCCUGCGGUCAGAACAUUCUUUCAUCACAGUGCACAGUGGGUGGGUUUCAGGGCCAGAAAAUUGUUUCAUCACCAUCCACCCUGACUGAAUUACAAGUCCAGAAUCUUGUUUCAUCACAGUCCACCCCUCUUGAAUUACAAGGCCAGAGUAUUGUUUCAUCACAGUCAGCACUGGAUGGGUUUCAGAGCCAGAACUGUGUUUCGUCACAGUCCACAUUGAGUGGGUUUCCGAACCAGAAUCUUGUUUCAUCACAGUCCACCCUGCCUAUUUUACAAGGCCAGAGCAUUGUUUCAUCACAGUCCACAUUAAGUGGGUUUCAGAGCCAGAAUCUUGUUUCGUCACAGUCCACGUUGAGUGGGUUUCAGAGCCAGAAUCUUGCUUCGUCGCAUUCCACCCUGCCUGGAUUACAAGGCCAGAGCAUUGUUUCGUCACACUCCACAUUAGGUGGGUUUCAAGGCCACCCUACUUAUGGUAUUCACGUGGCUAACAGUUCCCUGACACUGCCACCAUCAAUUAGCCAGAAUGUGCAGGUAGUGAGAAGUGCUGUUCCAUUGGUCAGUUCUGCUAUGGGAGCAGGUCAGCUUGUAUAUCCCAGGAUGCAACAUCCAGCUUUCUCUCAGGCCAUCCCAAUUUCUUCAGCUUUAAUUGGUCAGCAGAUAACUCUACAGCGUUUAGCCAGCAAAGGCCAGCAUCUUCCACUGGGGAAUGUGACUCAGAUAGCAAACCAGCAGCUGAUUCAGCAUGGGUCCCCCAGUCCAGGGAAAACCAUCUCACCCAGAGCUGUGAGCACAGUAGCCGCAGGCCUUCACCGUCCAGUCAUAUCAAAUUUCAGCAAUGUUCAUCACUUUCAGAAAUCUGCAGCACCUACCCUGGUUACAGUAUCGCAAGCCCAGCAGAUGGGACUGCGAGUCACCAAUACCAGCGGUCAGUCAUUGACCAUUCAGAGAGCUGUCAGUCCUUUGGUUGCUCAGCACGUAUCCACUGGUAGUCAGCCCAGUUUUAUUCAGUGUUUACCUAAUUCAGCUGUUGUUUCCCAGCAGAUAGCUUCGAGCUCACCAGCUACAGUGUCACUGCAAGCCACCCAGUCAGUUGGGGGUCAUCUGCGAGCAACUUCACCAGUAGGAACAGCCACAAUUGUAGGGUCAGCCUCUCACCUAGGCACAGCUACGCUCGUUAAUGGACAGCCAAUCUCUAUUCAGCCUCGGCCACCUGUUGCGUAUAUUGCAAGCGUACCUUCUACAGGGAUGACCUUCACAGUUACCUCAAUCUCACCUGGCACAUCAGUUCUGCAGACAGCAACCUCGACAACGUCCAGCCAGGGCACGGCCACAGGUCAGCAUGUUGUGUGGCCUGCAUCCUCCAUCUCUCAAGGACAGGUUAUUCGGACUGCAAUCCCAGUGGUUUUACCUCAGGCUUUGACCUUUGCUGGACGACCACAAUUGAUCCAGUGCAGUGCAGGACCUCGCCUGAUACAUAAACCUAUGAUGUCACUGACAUCUAGCUGCGGGGGGCACAUCACUGUGCAAGUGCCACAAGUCAUCAAUCCUGUAGUCAAAACUGUGGUCAGCCUGGCUGGAGUCAGUGCAGCCACUACAACAUAUAUUCCUGGUCAUGUGCCUGCAGCUGUGUCCAGUUCUAUGUUCUUGCUAACCACAUCUCUGCCAUCCUCAAUACAGGCACAACAGGAAGGAGGCACUGCAGCCAUGACAAUGACCUCACCAGGCUCUGUUAACACAGGCAGUGAGGCAGUGACCUCAGUCACAUCUAAUGCUGCUGCAGCAAGUGUUUCGCAGACAUUGUCAGUCCCUGCUUACGACAGUCCUGUCCUAGCAAAUAGCUGCUCCACACUGACAUCACCAGCAGAUAUUGACAGUCUAAAUGGUCCUCUGACUGGCACUGCUGUCUCUGACAGUGACACGACACCAAGAAGUGUGACAUAUGUUGCAACCGUGCCUGCAGCUGCUCUGUCAUCUGUGACCCCCACGCAGGCUGUGCCAGGUAUGGGAGGAAACAUCUCUAUGGCCGAGGUGUCUGUACCUUCUUGCAAUAAAGAAAAUGCGGACAAUGAAGCUGCAGUUCUGACAGAAGGCUUCAUAGACUCCAACCUUCUGGAGUGGACUGAUGGAGUGGGUAGGCUGCCUGGCACAGAUAUGAAGUUCAAAGUUAAUGAGUUUGGUGAUCUGGAAUUGAUUGAUGAUGGGAGCUGCCAUGCAGAAGUGGCCUCAAACAAGAUGGAGGACAGCCAGCAAGAUGGCCCACUCAAUGGAGGGGAUGUGGGUGACGGCAGCAGAGGGAAUGGAACAAAAGACGUGAGUGACCCCUCGCAGCUGUCGGAUCAUGAAGGAGACCCUGUGUGCUGUUGUCUCUACUGCGGUCGCUACGGUUACAAGAGUAACUUCAAAACUUCUGGAAAAUUCUGCUCACAGAACUGUGCGGGAAAAAGAAGACAUCAUCGCAAGCAGCUGAUCAUGUCACGAAUGAUGAUGGGGAUGAAGAGAAAGAAGAAGAAAAUGAUCCUGUCUGGAGAAAUGAAAACUUUGUCUGAAGAGAAACAGAAUGGGUCAAAUAUGGUAUCUGAGAAAAAGUUGUUAAACUUUGAUUGGGAUUCUUACCUGGCAGAAACAAAAUCCAUUGCUGCCCCUAAAAGACUGUUUCAAGAGCCAUUUCCCACAAACCGUAAUGGUUUCCGUCUGGGGAUGAGACUAGAGGGCGUUGACCCCAAGCAUCAGUCACUCUUCUGUGUGCUGAGUGUAGCUGAAGUGCAGGGAUACAGGUAUGUCAAACUUCACUUUGAUGGAUAUUCGGAGUGCUAUGACUUCUGGGUAAAUGCCGAUUCACCGUUUAUAUUUCCCGUCGGCUGGGCAGAGAAAAAUGGUGAAGUUCUGCAACCACCUAAAAAUAUUCCAGUGGGAGAGUUUAACUGGACAAACUACCUGAAGCAGGCCAGAGCUGUGGCUGCACCAAAGCAUUUGUUCCUCAACCAACCAUCCACUGUGGUUCCUUCAGCAUUUCGAGUGGGGAUGAAGCUGGAGGCAGUAGACAAGAAGAACUCAAGCCUGGUGUGUGUCGCCACUGUGGCCAACACGCUCGGUGAGAAGAUCCUUGUCCACUUCGAUGGCUGGGAGGACACCUAUGAUUACUGGUGUGAUGUAACUUCGCCGUCCGUCCGUCCAGUCGGCUGGUGUCAGUCCAAUGGUCAUUCAUUGUCCUCGCCACCUGAUUACUCAGACGGGGGCAACUUCAGCUGGGACCAGUAUCUCCAGGAAACCCACUCGACCGCUGUUCCAGCUCGGGCCUUCAAAACUCGUACAGCAAUGGGGUUUGAGAAGGGAAUGAAAGUGGAGGUGAUGGAUAAACGGAAUCCAAUCCUGAUCCGAGUUGCUACGAUUGCGGAUGUGCAGGAUUACCGCCUGCUCAUCCAUUUUGAUGGCUGGGACUCUAUUUAUGACUACUGGAUUGAUGACGACAGCAGUGAGCUUCACCCUCCUCUUUGGUGCAGUAAGACGUUCCAUCCUCUUCAAAGUCCAAUAGACCAGAAGAUUCUCAAACACAGUUCUGAUUCCGGAGGAUGUCCGACUGUUGGCUGUAAUGGCAUUGGUCACAUCAAAGGUGCAAAGUACACAGGACAUCACAGUGCAUUUGGCUGUCCUUACUCAGAGGUCAACAUGAGCAAGGACUCAGCCUUGACUGAUCGGCUGGGAUCUUCUCGAUCAGAGGAAGGGGGCGGCCUGCCUGCUAGAUAUGACGGGUCAGCAGAUAUGAGGAAAUGUCCGACCCUGGGUUGUGAUGGAUUGGGUCAUGUGACCGGCAAGUUUACCUCCCACCACUGCCUCUCAGGGUGCCCCCUGGCAGAGAAGAACCUCGCCAAAAUUAAACAGGAGAAUGUGCCAGAACCUAGACCUGUUGGGCGUCCAGGCCGCGGCCGUAAAAGGAAGUCACCAUCACUGUGUCAGGGGGCCACAGACAAAGUGAUAAAGACAGAAGAAACAGAAGAUGUGAGCGAGGAUAGAAGUUCUCUCCACGCUAGCAUCCAUGAGUCUGUGUUUCAGUCAACGGCUCCAUCCCCAGGGACAGUGGAUCAGUCUCUCUGCUGGGAGCAGCACGCCAAACUCCUUCCUGGCAUCACCGAGGUCAGCCAGGCUGUCGUCUCCACCUGGACAGUCGAUGAAGUGGCGGCUUUUGUUUUAAAACUGACAGGCAACGAGGAGCAGGCACACAAGUUCAAGGCAGAGCAAGUGGACGGUGAUUCCUUUCUGCUGCUACAACAGAGUGACCUUCUGAACUUUCUCAACAUCAAAUUGGGACCUGCCGUGAAAAUCUUCAACAGUAUUCUUGUAUUCAGAGCCGCCAGCGAAUCGUAUUAA